GGUCCCUGCAAUGCCCUUCUUCCCAUUGAAGCCAACCGUAAAUGACCUUCUCAGUCUUCCAAACUGAGCCGACCAGAAACUGGAAAGCAAGUUCUUCUCUUUGAAAACCGAUUCCAAACUGAGCCGACAGAUGCAGAAACUGGAAAAUAACAAGGCGAAGAAAAUGAAAAAGAAUAAAGGAAGAGAGAAGCAAAACUUAAAGGAAACUUCAAUUUCCAAUCUUGAGGAGGAAGAUGAUGAACAACAGGACGAAGGGUUAGAUGAAACUGACAUGGAAGCCGCAAAGGGUAACGAAGAUAAACAAGAGGCUGAUGAUAAUGAAACUGAUGGUUUGGAAGAUGGGAAUGGCGUACCCAAUAAGAAGAAGAAGAAGAAGGAGAAGUUGUUGAAGGAAGCAGCUGAGGCUGAUAACCGUGGGGUUUGUUACUUGAGCAGGAUUCCACCUCAUAUGGAUCAUGUCAAACUACGGCAGUUGCUUUCUCAGUAUGGGGAAAUACUUAGGAUUUAUCUUACUCCUUCAGCUCAUCCACCCCAAGUAAAGGGUAAGCGUACAAGACCCUCCAAGGUUCAAGAACAAGAAUUUUCUGAAGGGUGGGUUGAAUUUGCUAGGAAAGGGAUUGCAAAGAGGGUUGCUAAUAUGUUAAAUGGUGAACAAAUUGGUGGGAGGAAGAGGUCAUCAUUCUAUUAUGAUCUUUGGAAUAUCAAGUACUUAAGUAAAUUCAAAUGGGAUGAUCUUACUGAAGAAAUUGCUUACAAGAGUGCAAUUCGGGAGCAGAAGCUAGCUUUAGAAAUUUCUGCUGCCAAGAGGGAGCGGGAUUUCUAUCUCUCUAAAGUUGACCAAUCUCGUGCGCUAAAGUCAAUUGAAGAACGAAUGAAGAAGAAGCAAAAGGUGCAACAGGAGUCUGGAACAAAUUCUGAGCUGCCCGUUAGCCAGAAGAAGGUGAUUCGCCAAUUCCCGCAGAAAAGGCCAGUUGCAGUUGAUAAAUCUCAAAGCAAACCCCAACUCUCUAAAGAUAUUCUUGCUGGGAUAUUUGCUGGUUCUUAGUGAUCAAGUUCAAAGUGCUCGGUUGGCAGUCAAUGGAAGAAGAGUUGCGUUCUGAGUGUAAGGUUUAUGUUUGUGCAUUGUAUAGCCACUCUCAUGUGGGUUAAAAAAUAAAGAGAAUCUUUGAUUAAGCAGGCAGCAACUAGGCCAAGGCCAGGUUGUUAGCACCUUACAACUUUUGUAGUCUUCAUGCAGAGGUGGGACUAAUUUAGUUUUACCAUCAUAAAGUUUUGAUCUGGAUUUACACCAAUGUAACCAACAUUUUCCCUGUAUUUUGGUAUGAUUUAUUCCAAUAUUAAACAUUUCUUUA